AUGAAUUCUUCUUCUGAACUAAUUAACAAGCUAUUAACAAUUGGUAAGAAACUUGAAGAAACAAAUUAUGCAUCAGCAGAACCAAUUCUUGAACAACUUAAUGUUCAAACGCUUGAUGAAGCAAUAAAAAUAUUAGAAAACGAAAAGGAGAGAUAUUCUACAAGGAAUUUCCACCCAAUUGCAGCCCAGAUAACUAUUUUACUUGCUUUGGCAUAUCGUAUUGAAGGAGAUUUGAAAACUUGGCUUCAAUACAUCUUAAGAUGCUUGCAUCCGACUUACAGACGCUAUUUAAAUGAUCUUGUACAAAAUACAUUCGAAAAACAUAUCUCAAGCUGCGAAAAUAUUACAAUCGAAGUUAAAAAUGUUCCAACACCUUUCGAAUUCAGCUCUGGCUUCUCUACGCAUUCUAUAAUGCCAAACCAAAAGCCAACCGUUCUUCUUUUAAUGAAGUCUGCCUUAAAAUCUCCCUUAAAAGCAAAAAAUAUUAUCGUCAAUGUAAAACAUUCAAUAAGUGGAGUGACGUCUCAUGUACUAAUUGAUGAAUUUGACCUUAACGGUGGCUCAAUUAAGAAGGCAUCCUUGGAAAUUGGUAAAUUUGCUUCCGGUUCGUUAAAUAUCGCUUCAAUCUCAAUGAAUUUGGGAGGAGCAACCCUUAUAUUUGAUAAAUUUGCUACGAUCGGAUGUGAUGAAGCCGUAAUUUUCCCGUUUGACCAUGAAUGCGAAUUCAGCUCAAAUAUACCAGAAUUUGGAGUUGUUAACUCACCAUUCCCUAUUAAACUACUUUGCAAAGACAUUCCGUUCGGUGCAAUCGCUCAACAUACAAAAAUUGAGAUAUUAAAUGAAAAAGAUUCAUUUAACUUCUUGAAUUCGCAAAAUCCUCAAAUAUUUGAAUCAUCAAUCCAAACUCCUGAUAAGUCUACUGAAACAACUGCUGAAAUCCUUGUAAAACAGCCAUGUACACUUGAAAUUUCGAUUACUGCAUCAGUUUGUUUCGGAAUUGUUACAUCAAAGUGGCAUAAGACAUAUUCCAUUGAAUUCUAUAACGCUUUCAACUCAGAAUUCACAAUUGUCAAUCCUGAAUUUAAAUUUUCCGCAAGAUUGCCACGAGAAAUCGUCCAACUUGAGCAGCAAGCGAUAUUGAUAUCAACCUUUGCAUGUAACUGUCCGAAUGCAGUUACAAUCACUAAUAUUGUUACAAAAGCAACAAAUAAUAUUAGUGUAAUAGAUAAUCCAUCGAUUUUCCCUGUUCGUGUAAGUUCCUCAGAAGUUUUAUCAUAUUCUUCGUUCUUUACACCUCAUCCUGGCUCAAUUUCCGGUCCUUUGGGGCAAAUUGAAAUUUAUUUCCAUGAUAAAGACUACAAUGAGAUGAAAUAUAUUACAAUAUUGCCAGAAAUCAAUAUACUUGAAAAAGUUGUUGAUGUUAGACUUGAUUUACCUACAGAAAUUGAAGAAAAGAAGAUAUACACAGUUAAUUUAAUUGGAAGAUCAAUGAGAGGUCCUCUUCCAGUUGAUUUUAUUCUUUCUAGUUCCGAAUCAAUCCUAUUUGAUGGCGAAACUUCAAAGAAAAUCCGACUUACAGAUCAAAUGGAAACUUUGCUAACUUUGAAAUUCAUGGCUAUUAAAACAGGAACAAUAAAUUUCCCAACUGUUUCGUUACAGCUCAUUAAUGAUCGCUCAACAGCAAUUAUUUGGGAAUGUACUCCAUCUUUGUUUGUUAGAUAUCAACACGAUUGA